AUGUUGCGAUUUGUAGUACUUUGCCUUACGUUGACCGUGGUCCGUGCAGCCAACGAGAUCUCUCCUUGUGUGAGCGGAACUUGGGCUAGCACCUGUCCAGCUAGUCCUGCGCCCUAUCUGAUCAACAUGAACUUGGAGCUCCGCAAUUUCGUAGUGGCCGCCCACAAUGCCCGUCGCAAUCGUCUGGCGCUGGGUCAGUUGCCUGGCUAUCAGUCGGCACGUCGCAUGGCUUUCGUGCGCUGGGACGCUGACCUGGCCAGCCGCGCCGAGCUGAAUGUGAAACAGUGCAUUCGAAAGAGGGAUACCUGCCACGGUACGGCACGGUUCCCCAAUAGUGGCCAGAAUAUCGCGUACUUUGCUUAUGAUCCGGCUUUAACGGACCGGACGGAUCAUACCAGAAUGCCAAUAUGGGAAUCAUCAAUAGUUUCCCCCCCACCUGGUCUGGAAAGUAAGUGGAUCGCAAGAACUAAUCAAGCAACAUCCAUUGGUAAACUCUUUUUCCUUUUUUGUCUGUCCUUCUGCAGAUCGAUGAGCCGCUUUGCUGUGAUGGCUCAGGAGCGCAAUCUUGCCGUGGGCUGUGCCGCUUCCCGUUUCGUGAAGAACAACCAGAACCACUUCCUCGUCGCCUGCAACUAUGCCGUCAAGAAUACUGUCGGCAGUCCUGUGUACGUGACGGGUCCUGCGGGCAGUGGCUGCCAGACAGGCGUCAACAUCGACUAUCCUGGCCUCUGCAAGUUCGCCGAGAAUUACAAUAUAUAA